GGUGCGGUGCGCGCGCCACAAGGCAGUGAGUGAGUUGAGUGUUGCCCGGUGAUGAGGGCCGCGUGCACCAGCAGGGUCUUCCCGAGUCCCUGACGACGAAAAAUCCAAAACAGCGAAAUGAACGCGUUCCACCAACUUGCCAGGGAGCAGCAGCUGCAGAUCGAUGGCUCGCAGGACGCGGAGCACCACACCACCCUGGUGACCUUUGACACGAGCGCGGACUUCGGCGGGCUCGCCUUCUUCGACCAACAGCCCUCGCCCGAGUCACCGUCCAGCUCGGCCGUCUCCUCGUCCACGGUCGUCGGACAGCUGCUCGCCGAGCACUCGCUCAAGCUCGUGUCCAGCACGACCCCCACCGCCCCCAGCCCUGCCAAGCCCAACAACACAGAACAACAGUUAUCAGCAGCGGCAGACUCGAGUCCGGCCAAAUCGUUUGUACCUUGCAAGGUGUGCGGGGACAAAGCGUCCGGCUACCACUACGGAGUCACGUCGUGCGAAGGAUGCAAGGGGUUCUUCCGCAGGAGCAUCCAGAAACAAAUUGAAUAUCGCUGUCUGCGCGACGGCAAAUGCCUGGUGAUAAGACUUAACAGGAAUCGCUGCCAAUACUGUAGGUUCAGGAAAUGUCUCGCCGUUGGAAUGUCCAGAGACUCCGUGCGGUACGGUCGGGUGCCGAAGCGGAGUCGCGAGCGCAGCGGCAGCGACGACUCUUCACCGGCGGUGUCGUCGCUGUCGCCGCCAACGCCGACGCCGACGACGCCGGUGCCGCUCCAGCCGCUGGCCGUCGUCGUCAAGCCCGAUCCUGAGAGCAGCAGCAGCAACAGCGGCAGCAUCAGCCCGCCGGCCGUGAUGCGCACCAACUCAUCGGACGCGGCGUCGUCGUCGUCGCCGCCCCCGACGCCGCUCCCGACGCCGCUCCUCCUUACCGCCGACUCCCUCUCUGACCUCGUCCUCACGGUCACGCAGGCGUACCACUUGCACUGGAGCGAAGAGCAUAUUUUAAGCGAGCCCCUGAAACCGUUGGUGGAAGGCAGCGUGGAGCAGGAAACCAGCUCCAACCCGUCCAGCCCAACGUCAACGUGCGGCGAGGUGGGUGUCCGGGCAGCUCUCUGGCAGCAGCUCGCGGACAUUAUCACCCCGAGCGUGCAGAAGGUCGUCGAGUUUGCUAAAAGAAUACCAGGAUUCUGCUCACUGAAUCAAGACGACCAGCUGAUUUUGAUAAAACUCGGUUUUCUGGAAGUGUGGCUGAGUCAGUGCGCGAGCAACCUGGCCCAGCAAAGCGAGCAGACUCUGUGCUUCGCGGACGGCUCGUUCGUCUCCAGAUCGCAGCUCGAGACAAUUUACGACGUUGAAUUCGUCGAUUCGCUAGUGUCCUUUUCCAAGACGUUGAUGAACGCGGCGCCGAGCGCCUCGGAAAUGGCCCUCCUUUGCUCCAUGGUCCUGCUAUCGCCGUCCAGAAGCGGCAUCACGGACAAGUGUCUUGUCCAGUCUCUCAGGGACAAACUGGCCGACGCGCUCAAGUGCCAGGCGAUGCAGAGUAGCAGUGGCGGGCAGGAGCGAGUAAAGCAGCUGCAGGAAAUGCUACUGGAACUGCACAACCUGGGCAUCAAACACCAGCAACAUCUGAGCUGGCUGCGGCACCACUGGACCAAAAUGCACCUGCCGCCCUUGUUCGCUGAGAUUUUUGACAUUCCCAAACUCGAGGACGACCUUUGAGCGCGCAGUCAAUCAAUCACUUAUUUCCGGUUAUUUUUUUUUAAUUCCGUUGACGUUUGUUAGGACGCAUUUUUGCGUUCCCGCCCCCCGUUGAGGAUGCUUUGUAAUUUACGUAAUUUAUAAAAAGAAAAUCUUUGAUUUAAUGUACAGAGAUCGGUUUGUGUGCUGUUAUUUAUAUACUUUCACAUAUAUUAUUGUUGAAUAUUGUUUUUCGUUUCCCGAACGCGUUAUUUCGAGCAGGGCUAAAGCGGACGAAUGUUAUUUAUUCAUAUAUUUACAUAUGGAUGUGGCAUUUUCAUUACAUAUUUACAUUUAUAUAUCGAAUUCAUCCUCUGAAUGUGUUUCACUAUAAGGUGUUCUCGCGCGCUAAAAUAUUGCCAUUUUCAGCUCUCGUGUUAUUCCAUUUUUAUAUUAUUUAUUCGUCUUUUUUCGCGCUAAAAGUGGUCGUUGCAAUUAUUCCUUUCCCUUCCUGUCCUACAUAUCAUGAAAGAAAAAAUGGAACGCGGUUCCCAAGACUUAGAGCAGGACCGCACCAUCAGCUAAAAUCAAAUUCAGCUGGUCCUGCCUUUUCAUCUCACAACAACAAAAACACGGUUUGGCUCACUGGACGGUUAUGCGUACACACAUAGAUUAAAAAAUCAAGUGGAAAAUGCAAUAAUACGAUGUAAUAAUUAUAAAUCUGGGGGUAUGUGUUUAAAACUACAAAAGAGUCUUAGCGAGCAAACUUCACACUUUCACUCACACACACGCUGUUCUAAAAUAAGAGAGAUCUGUAUUUGUUACGAUUUUAAUAAUUAUCAUAUAUCUGAUUAUUAUGCACUACAAAGUACCUGCUAGUAACUUGGUUUGUGUCUCCUCUUGUUUCGGUUCAAUCUCCCCUUGCUCCUUGUGACUUAACCGCAAAGGUCUGUUCCAGGGAUUCCCAGGUCGGUGCUUUAAUUUCCAUUCUUUCUUUCUUUCUCGGGGAAGGAGGGGUGGGUUGGGGGGCCUUCGUGCAUAUAAAAUAUCGAGUGAUCUGUUUCGGUUACGUGUCUGUAUACUCUCUGUGAUUGCAUACAAGUGUUGUUGUUGACUCUAAUAACAAUCGCGUUUGAGUGUUUGUUGCUUAUUGGUUCGUCUCUCACUAUGUGCCUAUGAAUAUAUAAUACUAUCAUGUGAAAAAGAAAAUAAUACAUUGUCUUAAACACACACACCUUGAAAAGAUGAGCACUCAAAAAUGGUAUAUAUCGGUGAAAACAUAUCAAGAUUGUAAUUUUAAAAAUUCUAUACUUGCGCAUGUGACUUAAAAUCUUCAAAUUGAGAAAAAUCGACAAGAGACAGAAGGCGGAAAACCUUGAGAACUGUGACUUGAAUACAUUUGCUGAGCGUUUUUGUGUCUCUCUCGUUCAUGAAACAAACAAACACACAUUUGAUUGUGUUCAGAUUCCCGUUGAAAGGAAGGGGUUGCUCAUUCAGACACCUGUUAAAAAUUUUCAAAUCACUCUCUCAAUCGGUGUGCUAUAAUUAAGACUUUUUCAAAUUUAAUAUCAGAAAAGGUUCUUCGAUUGCCGCUGAAUAUUUUCACACGCUUCUGAGAAAUCCAGUGUCCGCGCGUGCGUUUUGAAUUUUCCUGUUACAUGCGAUACGAAUUAAUUGUGUUCAUAUAUUCCGCUUUUCCAAUUUGCUGCAUCUAUACACAAUCAAUUGUGAUUGCUUUUACUCAAUGUUGUCUGUUGCAAAGUCACGUUUAUUGCAUGUCUUCUGAUCAUCCUCAAAUGAAAUUGUUGCUGUAAAUUUUAUUAUAUUUAUUAUUGUUACUUAACUGUGUACGAAUGCGAGCGCUGAACAACAGAAAGAGAGAGAGAGAGAGAAAGAGAGCGACACGUGUCGCAGAUUCGCUCUCAAAAGAUCUUUUAUCUCCAUAAAAAAUGUAAAUCUCAAUCACACACACUUAAUAAAUAUAUUUGUACUCUAGACUGGUCGAAAAGCACUGUGACGUCCAUAUAAGCAAUUAACUCACGACGAGUGUGUGUGGACGACAUCAAAAACACAUGAUUUCUCCGCGUUAGUGUGUAAAAUACCUCUCGUUUUUAAGACAGCUGCCGUGCAUGUGCUAGGGGCCUAAAUAGGAACGGCACUAUUCCAGCAGUGGAGAGGAAAAACAUUUAUUAGUCAGACGUUGAUCAAAAAUACUUCUUACAUUAAUUGCUUUCUCAUUGUCCGAUCGCUAUCACAGUUUGUUGUGCUGCAUAACUAUAAAUACAAGCGAGGUAUAAAUUGUAUUUAACAGUAAAAACGCACUAGUUUGCGAGCAGAUCUGAAUUUUUAGAAGAAGAGAGAGCAGGAAAAAUAGAGUUUGGCACAAAAAGUAUUAUUAAAAGCUGUUGUAGCACAAAAAAGAGCUAUUACUCCGAUGGCAACUCCAAACUUGCCAUGGUUAAAGUGUGUAAAUGCACAAGAUAUUAUUAGUUUACAAUGAAACUAGACACAAAAGAGCUCUACUUUGAAAUAUUGAAACGGAUAUGAGUAUAAUUAUCUUAAAAUUACUUAUAUAAAAUAAAGUUAUGGAAAAACUGUUUAUUUCAAAAUCCGGAAAUAUUGAAAUGUGGUUUUAAUUUAAAUUUUGGUUUAAAUAUAGCAAGUAAUCGUUUACAAAGUGGAGCAUUUUCCCGAUAUUUUGUUUGUUCGAGAUCAAACAAUGUGCUUAUCCGAGGUUCCGAAAUUUUAGUUAUAAGCCGCGUUGUUGUCGUCAAUGUGCCAAAUUUUCGAGUUUAAUUAGAGUGAGCUUGUGUAUAUUAGUGUCAAUAUUCACACCUGAUGUACUGAGAACAUUUAAGUUUUAAAUAUGGAAAAGCAUAACUCUCGUUCACCCUCUCACACUUCUCGGCCAAAUGAGGGGCUCCAUGUUAUUCUUAUGGAGGAAAUAGAGAAGUGUGACGAGUGAACGAUUAUUGUGAUGUUUGCAUCUCUUAUUUUCGUCCGCGGUCCCGUGAUUUUCCUCAUGACAAUGAAGUGCGGCGAAGGUUUCCAGCUCUCCCUAUUCUUCUACCUCUUCAUAAAGCCUUUUAUUCGAUCUAGAUUUCUGUGUUGUCCAUGGACAUUUUGAGAAUAUACGGUGUACAAGAAUAUAGACGUUUUCAUCUGCACACUCGUUCCGAAAACCUCCCUCUGAAUAACUAGCAGCAAAAAUUGCGAAUCACUAAUUAUUUUCAUUGUGUUGAAUGUGUAAUGCUCAGAGAUACAGAUUAAUAAAAACGGUAAUACAUGUCAAUUAAA